ACCACCAGCACGUAGGCCACACAGAGGCAGACUAUGGUGGUCACGACCACAGGGCUGUCCGCGAAGGUGGCAAAGAGCUCAGCGGUCUGGCGGACGUCCACGGCAUUGGGCAUGACCAGGAGCGUACUUCCACAGAAGGGUCCACAACGAGGUGGUAAGGUAGGAGGCAACAGAAAAUACUGGCAUGCGGAAAGUUCUGUGCCCAGCACCUGGUGAGGAAGAGCCUGCAGCAGCCCAAACAUCCCAGCAGUUUUAAGCUGGUCACAUCCCCCAGGAAGCAGCUCAAGAAACUGGCCCAGUGGUGGGACUACCUGGAACAGCCGUUGACAGGAGUUGAAAAAGAAGACAGAAGCACCUCCUGACUUCUGAGAGCACCCCAAGUCUACCUCGAUAUCCUCCGACAAAUUCUUCACAGGGAUGAGCUGUCCACUAGGGCUGGUCAGAGGGAGGCCACCAACAGUUCCGCUGACACCGAAGUGACUUCGCGCUGGGAAUGGGUUCUUUGGGAAACUCUUCAUCUGAAACCAGGAACAAAGAGUGUCAGCCAAGGGCCCCGAAGACCGGAAGGCACCCUACCAUCCUCCAUGGAGCCAAGGGAGGGGGCAGCGGGCAGGGUGAAGGUCGCAGAGCUGGCAGCAGCAACGUGCACAGGGGAGCUUCGCUAACUCCGGGGCUGCAUUCUUUCCACAAGCUCUUCCCCAUCCUUGGUCGCCAUCCUGAAGGCUGCUUUCAUGGAGAUGUCACUGGCUGCUGAGCCUCUGGCUCAUGGAUUCACUCAGCGGGAGACGAGAGGGCAGGAGGAGAGAGAGCUGGAAGCUUUGCUCCCAGCACCCUCCCUGCCGGGGUUGCCUGCCUCAUCCUUCAAAGCCACCACUCCUACCGGGGAGCCCCCUCCACGCGUAGCUGCCCCUUGAGGAUGCUGGUCACUUCAAGGACUCUGGUGUUUCAUGAGAAGACCUUGCGUCAGGCUGUGCAGUCUGUGUGCUUAGGACCCCAGGGCAUCCAAAGGGAAGUUUGCUCUCCCAGAGAGAGACAGGCACCUAUUCUUGGAGAGGAUGAGCCCAGGAGCUGAGGGGAGAGCUAGUCCCAAGCCGGUACCUGACUCCAGGCAGAAGCAGUACUCCAGGAGCCCCAGGGCGGCGGAAGCGUUGCAGAAGAUGGCAAAGCUCAUCAGAACAGUGCCCUCCUCUGGGGCAGUGGUACAGGUGGGCAGUGGGAGCUGAUCACGUAGGCGUGCCGGGUCACUGCUGGGGAGAGGAGACGGAGGGUGCUUAGGGGGUUGUGUGAGGCGCACAAACUCCGCCAUGGUUCACGAUCUCCUGGGAGCUUGUUCAACAUGCAGGCUCCCAGGCCCCUCUCCAGGGCCUCAGACCUCUCUGUAGAUUCUGGGGUGGGGCCCAGAAAUCUGCAUAUCUAACAACUCCCACACCCACCCCCUCACCCCCUUGGUGCAGGGCAUUCCAGGGUCUCUGAGAAACUGGGCAGAGAUAGAAUCCCAGUCCUGCCAUUUACUAUCCAUGUGACCUUGGCUUUCACCUUUUUAAGAAUCAGUUUCUCAUCUGUAAAAUGGGGCUAAUAAUAUUAGCUUCCUCCCAGAGCUUUAGUGAGGAGGGAGUAUAUCGGGAAACAAGACUUGCUCAAGAGACCGAGUUAGGACGGGCCACAGCCAGGAUCUGGAAACACUCAGAACUCCCCCCAAACCAUGGGCACCAUGAAGAGCCCCCAGCUAAGCUGCGCCAAUACCCCACACCACCUGUUAUAAUCACCUGGUUUUUCAAAAGGAGUGCACACCUGGAAGAGCUGGGCAUAGAGAAUUUUAAUCAGUUAAAAUGAAUUCCCUGGCCUACACUUAAUUCAGAAGGUUUGGGGUGAACCCAGGAGUGUGCCUUUUAAACUAGUACCCCAGGUUAUCCUGGGCAGGUGGUCUAUGGGCCACUUUGAGAAAUACUGAAUCAAAGGAAUGCAUCUGAAAAAGAAUAAUCACCCCAUUAUUUAUCUUUUUGAGAGUCUACUUUUCCUGCUGCUCUGGGCUUGUUUUAAGUGAGAAGCACUGAAUCACCUGGCAGGACGUGCAGGCUGCACACCCCACUGCUUUUACCACUGGUGGUGUGUCAUCCACCCUGCAUCACAGAGUUCAGAGACGGGUGUUUCUGUUCUGCCGUUUGCAUGAGAGGAAAUUGAGGCACAGAGACCUUGAAUCCGAUGCCUGAAGUCUUCCAGUUAGAACGUGGCGGUGGUGGGAUUCACACCAGAGCCUGUGUAUGGCCCCCGGCCUGCACUGAUGUCCCCUGUUUCAGCGCUCCUGGGUUUGUCUUGCUCACUGUCAGCAAGAGACAGGAUCUGUGACAUGAGACUGAAGGAGGCCUUCCCACCUCUGACUCUGGUUCCGGUGGCCUGGCUGCUGGUCCUCAGGAAGGAGCUGUUCAGCAGCAGGGUGGAGGUGUCGCUCUGAAGGAGGAUUAAAGAACGCGGCCAGAGUCCUCGGAGUCUGCAGGCCGCUGGGAGGGGCUCGGCCUGAAAGAGAGCACAGCCCAGGGCCCCUGAGGCUGCAGCCAGCCUGCAGGACUCAGCAGGGCAGUGGCUUCUGACCCUGGGAGGCCUUUCGGAUUUGUCUCCAAUGGAGGGACGGCAGUAUCACCUGCUUUCCUGAGGUCAGCCCAAAUAGCUCAUCUCCAGCCGCGUUAGAGUGUUUGUCCUUGGCCAGGUUCCCUGGAAGCAGAGUCUGAGACAAGGAUUUGUGUGCAGGGCACUUAUGAGGGAGGGCUCUCAGGCAAAACCAGGAGGGCAGGGAGGGAAGCCGAAUGGGGUGGAGAAUGAAACAAGGCAAAGAAGUGGUUUCGGGAGGCAUCCAGCUUCAUUCAGCCUGAUCCCAUGGGGAGCUCUGGAGCAUAAGCUGCACCACAGAAAUUGUCUCACUCAGAGCCCGGGGGGCUAGGCCGUUAGAGCCCACAGUUGUUGGCCAGCAGCCGCCCCAUCGCAGCUGGGGGAUGCCUGCAUCAGCCUGGUAAGGAUGGGCUGGGCACCCACAGCAUCUCCUGCGAUGUUUCCCUGUUGUUUCUGCUCCGCUGCAUCCGUUCUGUCUUCUGACCAAUGCUCCCCAGCCCCCGACUCCUACUCCUCGGGCUCUGAGUGCAGUUGACCAACCCCCAGCUCAGUCCUGGCAUGUGACUCAGGUCUGGUCAAUCAAAGUGGGAAGACGUUUCUGUUUUUGAGCGGCUGCCAGUGUCCUCGCCUUCUCCAGCAGGGUGUCAUCUAAAUACCAGCUGAACACGGCUGCUGCAGACUUGUCCCCCACGGUGACCUUGAGCAUAACGCCCCUGCUGGCAUUCACUGGCCUGCAGUUCUCCUCACAGCUGAAAGGGAGACAGAGAAUGGAGCAGGGAUGCUCCCUCAGACGUUGUGGCCGCCCGCCUGGUCUUUUGUCCAGUUCUUCUCAAGUCCUUUGAGAAGGUAGGAAAUGGCUUUGUCAAGUGAAAGAUGGAAUAAAAACAACUUCUGCCCCAACCAAAACCAGGUAACGAAGAUGAAGCGAUUCGUUCCUGCCUGAAUUCCCAUUUCAUUCACUGCACAGGAGAAUGACACGGAAAGUGCGUGAGGCUGAGAGAGGACCCUAGACUCCAAUCCCGCCCCUGCCACUUGUGAAUGACCGCUUUGCACAAGUCACUUAACCUCUCUGAGCCUCAGUUUCCUCACCUGUAAAGUGAGGGGAUAAGAGCAGUCAAUUUCCAUGAUUCUUUCUAGUGCUAAUAAUGAUCAGUGAAUCCUGUGAUUUUACAGCACACAUGCCACAUCCCAUUGUUAUUAGCUUAGCCAGUGCUGACCACAACCCUAUGAGAAUCCCCAUAUCACAGACGAGCAAACUGAGCUCAGAAAGUUGUGUGAUUAGUCCCAGUGACACAACUCCUGAGUGGAGGAUGGAACAUGGGCCCACACGUCUGGACCCGAGUCCUGGGCCUUCUGUGUAAUGUCAUAUUCCCUCACAUGAGCCAGUGAGAGAUCACUGACUCCUGCUGUGUCUAACCCAUCCCCAGUCCUUUUAGUAUGAGCUUUAAAAUAGCUCUCGAAUCUCCCCACUUCUGUUUUCACGUCUACCCUAGUGCAAGUGAGCCAGACAUUCUCCAUUUGCCCCUGCAGCCCACUUGCCAUCAACUCUGUGGCUCUGUGCGCCAGGGACUGAUCUCCAUAGACUGCAUCACCGAGUCUCCACACCUGCCAAUGGGCCCAGCCAAUGGGGAGCAUUGAGAGGAGAGAGGUUGGGAUAGUUAUUCACCACUUUCCCUGUUCCUUACCAAAUGGACUGCAGUUGGCAGAGGCUGUGUUCCUCUGGCCAAGGCCACAGCUCGUGCCGGGGGCACUUCUCCCGCAGCUGCAGCUCCCAAGGGGGUUCCAGAGAUGCCAUCCCCUUCUCUUACCCCUGCAGGCCUAAGAGGGACAAUGGCUUCCUCCUGUUGUAGUCCUGCAUUGUCAUCCCUGGUUGAUCCCCUUAUCCCUGCCCUUGUCUGUAAAUAGACCCUUUAUCCAACUCCCCUCCGUUCCCAAUUUCAGUGAGCCAUCUGCUUCCUUCAGGGACCCAGCUGAUGGCCGCGCUACCUUGAACUCUCACCUUGAUUCCUGCAAGUGCCUAAGCAACCUCCCUGAGUCCUCUGUCGCCGCCUCCCGACCCCACCCCAGCCACUUCUCCACCCUGCUACCAGAGCGUUUGGAAGCAAAACGUGAUCAUGUUCCCAGCCUGCUUAAAAGUCUUGGGUGGCUUUCCAGAACUCUUAGGAUAAAGGCCGAAAUCAUGUGUCUGACAUACCCUCAAGGCCCUGCCGGAGCCAGGCCUUGCCUGCUCUUCCUCCAUGCUCCAGCCACACCAGCCUCUUUCACUUCCGGAUUAUUGUAUGCUCCUUCCCUUUACUGUCUGUCCUGUCUCCCGCCCUCCCUUUUCCUGGCCAAGUUAAUUCCUCUUCUGUCUUCACAUCUCUGCUGAGGGCAGCCUUCCCUGACCCCAAGUCGGGGAAAUUGUCAUAGAGGCGUGCUCUCUCCUUCCAUUCAUUUGUGUGAACCACUGCUGAUCACCAAGUAACCCCAGUGAGAACUGAGACUGGGUCUGGUUUUACCCACCACUGUACGUCCUACCCAUUAGUCAGUGUAGCCAGAGCUGGCACUCAGUACAUGUUGGCCAAAUGGCAGCCCUGCAGGAAUUUGCUCUGGUGCUCCCACCUGACUCGCGGCCUGAGUUCCAGGGGGUCAGACACACAGAGGCACUACUUCUCCAGGUUCUCCAGCUCCCAGCCUCUCCAGACUGCCAGGCGCAGGGUAACAGCAGAGUCAGGCGUCGGCAGGCGGGACGGUGGCACUACCAACUCCCUCUGGUCUGUGCGGCGCAGCUGCCUCUCAACACAGUCGCUCCACUGAGCCCAGCAGUGCCCUGAGAGAGAGAGUUUCAGGUUGAAGGAAUGGUGCCACGGAAGAAUGUUUCUGGGGAAAUGACCCCCGCUUCACCCAGACUCUGAGCAAACCUGCAGGAUGUGUUGGCUUGUUUUGCAUCAGUGACUUGCACUGGUGAGGAGGCCAGCACAGAGCAGGAGAGGCGCCCAGAGGAUAUACAGCCCCGCCUGGGAGAAGGCACCUUCUUGUCCCUGGUGCAAGUGAUUGUCCACAGCUGUUUGUCUCUGUGUGGUACAUUGGGGACCUGGGAGGCUGUAUCUCUGUCUGGGACGCUGCAUGUCAUCUCGUGCUUUGUACCAACUCAGUAAGUCUCUGUGUCCUUUGCUCUUCAACUCUGUUGAUUAAUGUGUAUCCACUACCCCAACUACCCCUGAUGUGUAGUCAUUCACAGCAUAUGCCUGGGGUCAGGUCAUCAGCUCAAUCACCUAAAGCCUAUAUUUGUAUCCUCUAUUAAUUCAGAUAACAAGAACUAACAUGCUGAAGGAUGUCCUGAGCACUUACCAAUUAAUAUCAAAAGACUUCAAAUGUUACAUGACUUUUGACCCAGUUAUUCCAUUUCUGGGAACUUGUUUAUGAAAGUAACCACAGCCGCAAGUAAAGAUUGAACUGUAAGGAUGUUCAUUACAGCGUUGUUUAUAAGGGCAAAUAAUUUGAAACAACCUCAAAGCCCAAAAAGAGGGCACUGGUAAAUAAAUGAUCAUGUAGCAACUUGACAGUCUAUUAUGCAGUUAUUAUGAAAAUCAAGAUGGAGAAGAAGAUACCAAGACAUGAAAAUAUGUGGGAUACAUUGUUCAAUGAAAAAAAAGGGUAACAAAAGCAAUAUGUACAGUAUGAAUGGCAUUCAUUUUAUUUCUUGAAGAGUGUGUGGAUAGCUAGGAUAUAUCCGUAUAAAAAGCAGAACAACCAUUUCUUAAAAAUAAGUACCAGUGCUACCAUCUUGGUUUGUCAGAAAAGGCCUCAUCACUUCCUCCUUCUAAACUAUCUUCUCAGUGGCAUACCAAGAGCGUGGAGGUUAAAAGAGGGGUUCAGUCCAAGAGGGGAGGAGUAUUUUACCACUAAUGUUGUUUGUGGUGACAAUAAAAAGCAGGCUGGGUUUUAGGGUUUAACUGUUGUUCCUAAAUUCUCUACAGAUAGUGCCUCUCCUGGUUGCCUGCCUUCAGGGCCACCCGCAUCGUGGUUUGCCACUGCUUCCACCCACCUCCCAUUUCUAUGGAAUUCACAAUCUCUGGCACAUACAAGGCACACAAAAGGUCAAGCGUGAGUAAUCCUGGUGUGAAGGUUAAGAAAAAGAGCAGCAAAAGCUGACCGCUGUCCAUCACUCCAUGGUGAGAUAGGACGGUUCAGAGUUCUAAGGUCACCUACCACAUGCCCACUGGAAGCGAAAGUCCUUGUUACUAUCUGGCCAGCCCAGAGUCACUGUCGUGAAAGGAUCCAAGUACUGACCGGGUUCCACGCACAGCUCCACAUCCCCUCUAUCUCUCUGCAGAAAAAGCAGCUGGCUGGUGAGACGCCCUCCACAGCCGGCACCCCACCUUGCGCCCCAGAGCAGCCUGUGCCAGGGGUGGCCACAGUGUGAGGCAUGGAGUGGAGACAGACCUGUCUGAUCCCCCUAGCCUGCAGGGGAUGGAUCACUGGGCAGAUUUCAGGAUACCAAGGUGACCUCACUGAAUGCAUAGUGGGAGAGAUGGGCACAACCAGCUCUGGCAGGCUAGUAGGAGCUGGACUCAGCACGCCAUGGUGUGUUUCUGGAUCCAUUCAUUGGUGUCUUAAUGGCUGUGCAAACCUCGGCAGGUUAGUUACUCUUUCUGAGUCUUAGGUGCCUCAUCCGUAAAGAAGGCUGAAGGCAGCCCUUAUUUCUCAAAGCUCCAGGACUGAAUGCUGUGCUGUAUAUAUUAGUGCUUUGUCAUCUAUUCAUCUGUAAAGAAUAUGAGUGUGUCAAGUUAAAAAAAAUGGAAAAGGUACUCUCAGCUGAUAUGCUCUGAAGAUAUUGAAAUGUGAGUUUGAUUAAUAGCUAAUUAAAGUGUAGUGAUUAAGUUAAGCACUUAGGGUUGGUCAUUCCAUGUGAUUGACUAGGCCCUGGUGACUUGGAUGUUUUAAGAUCAGGGUAUUACUGAUCUUUAAAGAAUUCCCUGUCAGUGAAUUCUUAUUCUCACGAUGAUAAGUUUGAAGGUCUGUAAAAUCAUACAAAACAAAGCUAAAAUGCCAGACACAGAGAUCUUUCUUAACCGUAAGAAGGAAGAUGGUCCAAUAACCCUGAAUGAAGAAAUCCAGAGAAAUUGUUGCUACCCUGAUCCUGCCAUGAAUUAGCUGAGUGACUUUUGCAAAGUCAAUUAACCUCCCUGGACCUCAAAUUCCAUACGUGGAAACUCCGAGGAGGACUGUGGACGGACUGAAGCCUGCAGCCAUCUUGCUACUACUUGGGAAGAGGGAGUCAGACUGAAGCCAACAUAGAACAAAGAGAUGGAGAGAGGCAGAUUUCCGAAGACAUUGAGUGGCUGGAUCCUGCUGUGCCUAAACCCUGGACUUUUAUUUUCUGAGUUGAUAAAAUUUCCUUUGGCUUGAGCCAUUUUGAACUGCUUUUCUUUUUCUUGCUACUCAAAAGUCCGGGCAAACACAGUCAAGGCUGGAUGCUGUGAACCAUCUUUUUGUCUGGGACACACCGAAAAACUGGCUGGCAGAACCCUGGACACCAAGUCAGGAAGGGAAGAGGAGGGAGGUUUGGAAGGGGAGACACAAACUCCAAGUACCUUCAAGAGGAACUGCCACGUGGUCUGAGGGGUCCCCGGCAUCCUGGAUGCAAUAAUGGGGAGCCUGGCGCCCAUAGAAAGCAUCCUGGAUCUGGAUCACCUCCCCUGAGCCAUAGUGCAUGGUGGCAUUGAGGUUCUCGCAGGCCAGACUCUGGCCGACACCUGUGGCAAAGCUUUACAUCUUCAUCUCGAGGCUGCUUUAUGGACGCAGCACAUUCCAUGGAAAAAGUGGCCUUGGGGAAGGUAGCCUCCUCUUCCUGCAUCCUUCCCCAAAUUACAAGAUAAGGAAAUGGAGGCUCAAAGAGGUGCAGCUUCCCGCCACCUUGUGCACGAAGAGAUCCCAGGCCCUCGGAAAGCGGAGAGCGGAGAGCGGAGAGCAGAAAGCAAAGGGAGAAACGAGUGGCAUCAGAAGGGAAGGAGAUGUAAAGGAAGCUGAAGGAGAGCAGGACGGGAAGGCAAGGAGGGGCCAGGAGCAGUCGCCUUGAACACAGAGGAGCGUCUGUUCACUGUUAAUACCACUGUUGCUCAUCGCCCUGCACGAUGGAUAUAAUAUUUGGCAGAAAUAAGAAGGAACAACUGGAGCCUCUGAGGGCCAGAGUGACAGGCAGGAUUUCAGCAUGGCUGCAGGGGACCCUGCUCCGCAGUGGGCCUGGGAUGCACACAGUGGGCGAGACCAGAUACAACCACUGGUUCGAUGGCCUGGCCUUGCUCCACAGCUUCACAAUCAGAGACGGUAAGAUCUAUUACAGGAGCAAAUACCUGAGAAGUGAUACCUACAAUGCCAAUAUUGAAGCAAAUAGGAUUGUGGUGUCAGAAUUUGGAACAAUGGCCUAUCCGGACCCCUGCAAAAACAUAUUUUCCAAAGCUUUCUCCUACCUGUCCCACACCAUCCCUGAUUUCACAGACAACUGUCUGAUCAACAUCAUGAAGUGUGGAGAAGACUUCUGUGCAACCACGGAGACCAAUUACAUCAGGAAAAUCAAUCCCCAGACCCUGGAAACCCUGGAGAAGGUUGAUUAUCGUAAACAUGUGGCUGUAAAUCUGGCAACAUCACAUCCUCAUUAUGAUGACGCUGGAAAUGUUCUCAACAUUGGUACGUCCAUCGUGGACAAGGGGAAGACAAAAUAUGUGAUCUUUAAGAUCCCUGCCACAGUAUCAGGGGGCGGGAAGAAGGGGCUGAGUCCCCUGAAACACAUGGAGGUGUUCUGCUCCAUCGCCUCGCACUCGCUCCUCUCCCCGAGCUAUUACCACAGCUUCGGAGUCACCGAGAGCUACAUCGUUUUCCUCGAGCAGCCUUUCAAGAUGGAUAUCCUCAAGAUGGCAACCGCCUACCUCCGGGGCGCAAGCUGGGCCUCCUGCCUGGCUUUCCACAGGGAGGACAAGACUUACAUUCACAUCAUUGACCAAAGGACGAGGAAGUCCGUGCUGACCAAAUUUUACACGGACCCCAUGGUGGUGUUUCAUCACGUCAAUGCCUACGAAGAGGACAGUUGCCUUCUGUUCGACGUCAUUGCCUACGAGGACAGCAGCCUUUACCAGCUCUUCUACUUGGCCAACCUGAAGAAGAGCUUCGAGGAGAACUCCAGGCUCACCUCCGUCCCAGCCCUCAAGAGGUUUGCAGUGCCCCUCCACAUGGACAAGAACGCAGAGAUGGGCUCCAAUUUAAUCAAACUGUCAUCUACAACAGCAAGAGCCCUGAAGGAAGAAGAGGACCAAGUCUAUUGCCAGCCGGAGUUGCUUUAUGAAGGCUUAGAGCUGCCUCGGAUCAAUUACGCUCACAAUGGGAAGCGAUACCGUUAUGUCUUUGCUGCUGAAGUCCAGUGGAGCCCCAUCCCAACCAAGGUUAUAAAAUACGACAUUCUCACGAAGUCAUCCUUGAAGUGGGGAGAGGUGCACUGCUGGCCGGCGGAGCCAGUGUUCGUGCCCACACCGGGUGCCGAGGACGAGGAUCACGGGAUUAUCUUAUCAGCCAUUGCCUCUACCGAUCCCCAGAAGCUGCCUUUUCUGCUGGUUCUGGAUGCCAAGACUUUUACAGAAUUGGCUCGUGCCUCCGUUGAUGUAGAGAUGCACCUGGAUCUCCACGGGCUGUUCAUCCCAGGUGCCGACUGGGAUGCAGGGAAGCAGGCCCCUUCCCGGGAGGAGCGGGACAGGGCUGCUGAGCGCCGUGUGGCCCCAAGGACCUGACAGGGUGGGGGCCUGGGCCCUGGAGAACGGCUCCACCAGGCUCAAGGGUGGUCCCUCCCUGGGUGGGGGGCAGG